AUGAAUAAACACCCAACACUUGGAAUUGGCCUCAAUAAAUCUGCUUUUAGACAUACUUCAAAUGCAUCAACUAAUCAGUUACAAGCAAUUAAUAAAAACUCCUCUGCCUCAGUAUGCACAGAUUCCACACCGGCAGCGUCGACUAGUAGUAUAACAUUUAUAAAUCCUCAAUCAUCAAACCAGGAUAAUGCAAAAGAGGUCACAAUAACUCAAACAGCACAGCGAAUGAAACAUCAAGCUUCCUUAUCAAGUUUCGUAACGAAACCAAUAUCUCUGCCAAGGCAAGAAAAGAUAAAUAGUUUAGUCCUAAAUAUGAUUGUAAAGGAUUUACAACAAUUUUCAAUAGUGGAUGACUCUGGCUUUCGAAAAUUAAUUCUAGAACUAGAGCCUUCAUAUAAAUUUCCUUCUCGUCAAACAUUCACUCAAUCUUUAUUACCUAAGAAAUAUGAAACUGUUAAACAAACAUUACAUGAGUUAUUACAUUCAGCUGAAUUUGUGACCGCAACUACAGACGGCUGGACAUCAAGGGCCAAUGAAAGUUAUAUUUCAGUAACAGCUCAUUUCAUAACAAAAAAAUGGAAUUUUCAUUCUUGUUUACUCGAUUGCUUUCCUUAUGAAAAAAGUCACACAGCAAAAAAUUUAUCCGAAGAAAUGCAACGAGUUGCAAUUGAAUGGAGUAUAACUGAUAAAAUUUUUGCUGUUAGUACUGAUAAUGCGGCUAAUGUAGUGAGCUCCAUUAAAAUGAUUGGAUGGAGUCAUAUACCAUGUAUUGCUCACACCCUAAAUCUAGUGGUUCUAGAUUGCCUAAAAGAAAUAGAUCAAACUCGUAAAAAAAUUAAAACUAUAGUAGAACAUUUUCACCGAAGUACUCAAGCAAAUUCAAAAUUUUUUUCCAUUCAAAAACAAAUCAAUCCAGACUCUGUGCCACUAAAGCUAAAAAAUGAUGUACCGACCAGAUUGAAUUCGACUUUUUAUAUGUUUGAGCGUGUAUUAAAGGUCGAAGAACCACUAACAGCCACUAUUGGCUUGCUGCACAACCCUAUAGAAAUGCUAUCUCAACCUGAAUGGUUAAUACUAAAAGAAGCCUGUAAAAUACUUAGACCCUUCGAGCAAGUUACCAGCGAAAUGAGUGCUGAAACGACAGUGACAUUAUCUAAAGUUAUAAAUAUUGUUAGAAGUUUAAAUUCUGUAUUACAAAAAAGUAAUGAAACAGUGACCCAACCAGAAUGCAAAAAUAUGCUUCUGAACUUAGAACAAUCAAUGGCAACUAGAUUUGGGAAAAUAGAACUCAACAAUACAAUGGCAAAAUCCGCUUUUUUAGAUCCCAGGUUUAAAAACCGAGUUUUCAGUUCUGAGGAAUAUUUUAAGAGAAUUAAAGAUAAGAUUCAGGAAGAAGUAGUUGGCUUAAUUAAUAAGGAAAGACAUGAGACUGAAAAGGAGAAUGUGGCAGUAGAACAGAUAGGACAAACCAAUCAGAGUAACUCGGACUUGGAUGAAGAUGAUCUAGCAUGGAAAGAGUUUGACAAACAAUCCAAGGUUCAGACACCUCUCUCUCAAGCAAUAAUUGAAAUCAGAAUGUAUAUUGAAGAUUCACCUUUAGACAGGAAAGAAAACCCUCUGGAAUACUGGAAGAACCAUGAAUUAGUUUAUCCAAGGCUUUCCAAGUAA